AUGGGUCGACCCAAGCGCAAUGUCCUCGCCGCGGCGGAAGAGUCCAUGACCCCUCCAGGUGCUCUUGAACCGAACCAGUCCGUCGUUCGCGUCGUCAAGCCCGAGGGCAACAAUCUCUACACGUGCGAGCUGCCCAACACCAAGCCGAUCGUCCUGGAACUCGCCCAGCGAUUCCGUAAUACCAUCUGGAUUAAGCGUGGCGGCUUCGUGUUGGCUGAGAGAUACGAGGACAACACUCACGAUGGUCGUGCCAUGGGCGAGAUUGUCAACGUUGUGCGCGACGAGAAGCUCUGGCGCAAACAGGGCUACUGGCCCAAGGAAUUCUCAAAGAACGCAUAUAAUCUGAGCGACUCCGAGGACGAAUCGAACGUUGGCAAGAUGCCCCCCAGUGACUCUGAAGAUGACGAGUAA